AUGGGUAUUACUGGAUUAUUAAACCUGCUGAAAAGUAUAGUAGUAAAAAGACAUUUAAAAGAAUACAAAGACAAAACUGUGGCUAUUGAUGCUUAUACAUGGCUUCAUCCUGCUAUUUAUACUUGCUCUUAUGAAUUAGCUAACAAUAUAGAGACGACCAAACAUAUUGAAUUUUGCACAAAAAGAAUUGAUUAAAUAUUGAGUUUUGGGAUUAAGAAAAUUGUUUUAGUAUUUGAUGGAAGACAAUUACCAGGUAAAAAGGGAACAGAAGAAAAGAGAGAAAAAUCAAGAGAAGACAGCAGAAAUGAGGCUUAGCUUCUACUUGCUCAAGAUAAAAAAGAUUAAGCUUAUAAAAAAUUCGCUAGCUCUAUUGAUAUCACUCCUUAAAUGGCAUUUGAACUUAUUAAAGCAGUAGAAGGCAGACCGAAUGUAGAGUGUAUAGUUGCUCCAUAUGAAGCAGAUGCUUAACUGGCAUACCUCAGCUAGAUUGAUUAUGUUGAUGUUGUGUUUAGUGAAGAUUCAGAUCUUUUAGCAUUCGGAUGCAAGAAAGUAUUAUUUAAACUUUAUAAAGGUGAUAACAAAGAAACAGGAGAUGAAAUAUCUUUAGACAAUAUUAAAAAUUGUAAAGAAAUAAACAUGAGUUUGUGGAAUCACAACAUGUUCUUAACUGCUUGUAUAUUCUCAGGAUGUGACUAUCUUCCUUCUUUAAAAAAAAUGGGAAUUUAAACAGCUUUUAAGUUGGUUGGAGAGUUCAAAUAAUUCAAAAAAUGUAUGCUUUCUAUUUAACAAAAAAAUUAUGAUGUUCCAGUAGAUUACGAUGAGAAGUUUUAGCUAGCAUUCUUAACUUUCCGCUUCUAAUAUGUAUACUGUCCUAUCAAAGAAGAGAUUAGGACAUUAAAUACUUAUAAUUCGAAUGACCUUAGACUUUAAUUCGUAGAGUUAGAUUUCCAUAAUUAAGUUAGCUAAACAAAUUGGACUCACUUUGAGGAUAACAUACUUAUUAGACCUUUGAUUUAUAAAAUUUUGGAGCCAAAUUUCAGCUGGUCUUUCUUAGGAGACAUGGACUUGAGUGUAGCAUUACAGGUUUCAAAGUAUAUGAUAGAUCCAGAAACUUUAAUGCCUUAUAAAGAAGUAAAAAGUAAGCUUUUUGGAAUAGAUAAUAGUAAAGGCAAUCAAGUUAAGCUCGGAACAGGUGGUCUCUAAUCACUAUAAAACAAUCAGAAACUUUAAAAGAGACAACAAACUUCUCUAUCAGAUUCAGCUACUUCCACCAAAUAAACUCAAUUAAACGCCUUCUUAAAAGUUGGAACUAAAAAUAGUGUCAACAAAUCAAGUUCUGUAGAUCAAAAAUAAGGUUCUGAAAGAAAUUUUUUCUUAUUGGAAGACGCAAACAGUAACUCACUGAACUUCAAUAGGAGUAAAAUGAGUGAUAAAAAUGUAGAUUCACAAGAAUUAUCCCUUACCAAUAAUGAUAUUUUUAGCAAAAAUAUUUUUAAUAAAAAUUCUAAUGUUGUAAAACCUUUUAAACCUCCUUCAAAUUCGAAUUCUCAGAACACUCAGUCAAGCAAUAUUUUAAAGAAAAAAAGUGAAUAUAAAAGACCAUACUAUGAGUACUAUGAGGAAAGUAACUAUUUCUCUGAUGAAGAUGAUCUCAAUUUCUUAACAGUAGGGAAAAUAUAAGAACAGUAGUAAGAGGACACUAACUCAAAUAGAAAAGAAAAUACUUCGAGUGAUAAUAAUAAAUAAAUAAAGAAUAAUAACUAAAAAUCUGAAUUAGAUUCUGAUAAUAAUUAACAGAUUUACGAAGAAGAAAAUAAUUUUGAAAACAAUAACGAUUUAUUGAAUUUAAAUUAAUUUAAAUCAAACAAAUUAAUUGUAAAUAACUUACAAAAGUAAACUUCUCUCUCGGGAUUACAAAAGUAGUAAAAUAGCUUAACAAAUAAAUAAUAUAAUAAGCUUAUCAUUGACAAAACACCAAUUAAUUAAAUUGAUAUUCCUAAAAAAAAUAUUUCUUAAAAUUUCGAAAUAAGAUAAAUAUAGAAAAUAGCAAGAAAUGACAUAGAAGUUGAAAGUGAAGAUGAAGAAAAAUUAGUAAACUAAAUUAAUUCUGAAGAUAAUCCAAUGUUAAACUAAAAUAAUUAUUAUUAAAAAUCAAGACAAUUUAUCAAAAAAACGAUUAACAACAAAGAAAAUGAUAGCCAAGAAGAUAAUAAAUCAUGCAUUUCAACUCAAUCAUAAAAAAAUUUGAUAAGCUAAGACGUUGGAGGCAUACAAAAUAGUGAAAAAUAUUAAUCAUAAAAAUGUACUCAAAAAACCAUCUCAGAAGAAUUAUCUUGUUAAGGUAGUAAUGAUCAGCAAGGAGAAAAUACCAUAUUAUCUAGAAUGAAUAAUUUUACUAAAGAGACUGAUGGCUAGUUAGUUAUAGAUUCAUAAUAUUUAAUUCAAAGACAUCCUGAAUAUAAUUUUUUAGAGAAGUUUUCAAUGUUCUUUAAGAAUGAAGUGAACAUUUGA